GGGCAGAGCAGGGCGGCGGCGGCAGGCAUGGCCAUUUUCGACACCCCCCGGGCGGCCUUCGGAGCCUUGCGCCCCGCCUGCGUCCGGCUGACCCAGGCCCAGACCGUGGAGAACGUGGAGGAGCUGCGCGCGCAGCUGCGGGUGGUCAGCGACUCGGCCCUGCAGGAGCUGCAGGAGUACGUCCUUUUCCCCCUGAGGUUCGCCCUCAAGGCCCCCGGCCCCAAGCGGGAGCGCGUGGUCCGAAGCGUGGUGCGGUGCGUGGCCUGGGUGCUCUCGGCGACCUGCGUGAGGAAGGCGGACCUCCUCCUGGAGCUGUUCUCCGAACUCUGCCUGUGCCUGGCGUCCCCCUCCAGCCCGCCCCGGCUGGCCCCGCUGUCGGAGGAGCUGAAGCAAGACGUGGCUGAGGCGCUGCUUGCUCUGCUGCACUCCGCUUACGGAGACGCCCUUCUGUCGCUCUACCAGCCUUCCGCCCUCCCCCAGAUGGGCUUCGCCGUGUCCUUGCUCUUGGCCCUGGCGCAACAGGAGAGAGCCACGCAGGUCAAGAUCACCGCCUUGCGGUGCCUGCAGGCCCUCGUUUUGCAGUGCGACUGCCCAGAGCAUCACCCGUCCCUGGAUAAAGAGGAGAUGAGGCAGUGUGGGGAUCUCUUUGCAUCCUUCCUCCCUGGGAUCUCCAUCGCUCUCUCCCAGAUUAUCACGGGAGAUGUGAAGCAGGGUCAGGCCGUCACUGUCUCGGCCAUCAAGCUCUUCUCUCGGGCUGUCGGUCUGGUGAUGGCAGAUGAGCAGCUAGCACAGAUCCCAGCAGAGAGGAAGAAGCCAGCCUUGGAACAGAGUAAAAUACUGGAACUCAUGGUCCAUCGAGGCCCAGACUGGACAAGGAACACUGCGGCCAAACUCUCCGUCCUUAUCGAGAAGGUGGCUGGAUCUGCGUCUGUUCAUCCCCACUGGAAGGUGCGGCAGGAGCUGGUGGAGAUGGCUCAUCUCCUCGUGACAAAAUGUGGGCGGUCUUUGGUGGACUCCGCUGGCCAGUUGUUGAAAGCUUUAGUUGGCUUUGUAAACGAUGAGAGCCCUGAGGUCCAGCAUCAGAGUGAGGGGGUACUGAAGGGUAUUGUGGCACAGGAGAGAGUGGCUGGGAACAAGCUCCUUGCUGACGUCCUCUCUGAGGACCUCCACUCUCUUGCUACUGCCCUUCCCCGUUUAAUGAACUCCCAGAAUGACCAGGGCAAGAUUGCCACCUUGAACUUGGUCCAUGGGUACUUGCAGCUCUUGGCCCCAAAGGUGAACAUGGUUCUCAACUCUACCUCCCAUCUUCAGCGUCUGUCCAAAGCAUUGAUGCAAGUCCUGGAGCUGGAUGUGAAGGACGUGAAGAUCGUGGAGGAAAGGUGCUGGGCCCCGGGAGCUUUUCAGCAGCCCUCGCUGGGCAGCGUCCAGAGGAAGUACUUCCGGUUCUUCACCGAUGACCGGAUUUUUUCCCUCCUGCGGCAGAUUUGCCGGGCCCUGGGUCAUUACGGGAACCUCUAUUUGCUUGUGGAUCACUUCAUGGAGCUGUACAGAGAAUCAGCUACGUACCGGAAGCAAGCUGUAAUGGUUAUCAAUGAACUGAUCACUGGAGCCUCAGGGCGAGAGGCACAGGAAACCUUCCUGAACUCAGAGGAUCUUGUGGGGAUCAUAACUUCUGUACUAGAAGAAUAUGUGGACUCAGGGAAUUGGCAUUUGGCCACCAGCCUCGAGGCCCAGGAGUCCAGGGCUGAGUCGGCUCUGCUGCUGUCCUUCGAUUCAAGCCCCACGGUCCGCUGUAUGAAUAGCAACAUUUGGCAGAUCUGCAUCCAGCUGGAAGGGAUUGGAAGCUUUGCCUCUGCCCUUGGGAAGGACUUCCAUUUGCUGUUAAUCUCAGCUUUGUACCCUGUUCUGGAAAAGGCAGGGGACAGCACGCUGCUGGUCAGCCAGACGGCAAAGAAGACCAUGUUUGACAUCUGCCAGGCCUGUGGGUAUGCCUCUGUCCCUGAGCUCAUCAAUCAGAACGCUGAUUACUUGGUGAAUGGGAUCUCCUUGCAUCUGAGGCAGCCAGCCAAUGAGCGCCGGGCCUUGCAGGUCCUGGAAGCCAUGCUCCGGCAUUCGGAUGCCAGGGUGGUACCAUUGGUGGAGGACCUGGUGGAAGACGUUUUGGCCAAGCUGGAUCAGUGUCACAGUGAACGGGCAUCUUCAUUCCUGGGGGCUCUGCGGACCCUGAUGGCAUCAUUAGCUUCCUGGUUUGGGCCGGAGCAGCAAACCCCCAAGGAGCCAGAAGGUGGUCCUUCCUGCCCACGGGCACAGAGGCCUGUCAGCCUGUCCACUGCAGCAGAAAUGGAAGCGUUCUGUUUGGAAUAUGUUAAGCAGAAGCGGAUUGCAGAGGGGGAUUUUGAGGAGGAGGAAGCGGAGGAGGAAGCUGUGCCUCCUGCUUCCCCAGAGGAGCCCACUGCGCAGCCUGAAGCAGCGGAGCGGUCUCUAGAGACAGAGGGCCCAUUGCCCUUGCAGGCCAAGAUGGCUAAAGACGUGAUGGAGAGGGGCACCCACUUACUCCCCAGCAAGAGCCUUGCGGUGCGACUGAAGGUCCUUGAUGUACUUGAGCUCUGCGUGACGGUGCUCGGUCCCCACGAAAACGUGCUCCUUCCAUUGGCACAUCAGGCGUGGCCUGCCCUCGUCUGCCGCUUGACCAGUGAUGACCCCUUGGCUGUUCUCAGGGCCUUCAAGGUGCUGUGCACUUUAGGAGCCUGUAGCGGGGAUUUCCUGAGGCACCGUUUCUCCAAAGACGUCUUGCCGAAGCUGGCUGCCUCCCUUGUCGCUCGGGCCCCGGGCAGUGCCCACGCUGGGCCCGUCUACAGCCACACCCUGGCCUUCAAACUGCAGCUGGCUGUGCUCCAGGGCCUCGGAUCGCUCUGCCAGGCUCUGGAUCUUGGCGAGAAUGACUUGAAUACGGUGGCGGACGCCUGCCUGCUCUACCUCAGCGCCAGGCAGCCUGGGAGACUGCAAGAAGCUGCUUGCAGGUAA